CUUUAGCUGACGGACCGAGUUAGAAAAUUUGUGAGCUGUGCCUGCGUCACAUUUAUAGCAUUGGACUCUGUCACUGAAAAAAAAAACCAAGAUGAACAAAUACAGGAAGCAGAUGGCAGAGCAGUUCCUGAGUCAGGCCCUAGGCAUCAUCUGCCUGCUGACCGGAGAGGAAUACACCAUUGUGACUAAGAAGCCAUCCCACAGCAGCAUUCAUAGGCUGAACAGAGAGGUACCUAUAAAGUGUGAUGAUGUUGCCGUGUAUUUCUCUGAGGAGGAAUGGGAGUAUAUAGAGGGACACAAGGAGCUUUACAAGGACGUCGUGCUAGAGACUCACCAAGUACUAAGGACUAUGGAGAUCACAGGAAAUGAGAGCUCAGGUUACAGUGAUGAAAAUCUAGACACAGAAGCACAUAGAGACCUUGUACAGAAGAUUCAGCCUGUGGAGACCCCAUCAGAUGUGUCUGCAGAACUAACAAGUCACAGUGAUGACAAUCUAGAUACAGGAGCUGCAGAACUUGUACAGAGUAUUCAGCCAGUGGAGACCCCAUCAGACGUCUCUGCAGUUGAAAAUUAUGCUGUGAUUUCAUGUCAUUUGGAACAAACAGAAGAUCAGUUGUUAAGUAAUAUUACAGAUGCAGCAGAGCGGAACAUAUGUGAAAAUGUUAGCACUGGUGAGUAUAUAUGUGUGUCUUAGGGAUAUAGGGUACAGGUGAGUGCACAUAUGUGACAUUCAACGCAAAA